AUGUCUGUUACCAAACCCAUAUCCCUCAUUUGCCUCGUUCUAUCACUGCUGGCCCUCUCCUCAGUCAGCAGCGCCUACCCCAUUCAGAGAUCGAACGAGCCCAAUGUUGCAUCGCGAUCGCUAUCUCUACGCUCUCCAAACCCGAGGUUGAUGCCCGCCGACGACAGUGACAGUGGCCAGAAGUACGAUGACGUGCGCGGUGACUUUUUCACCCAUCUUCUGAGCGCCCUCGGACUGGAGGAGCUCAGCAACCUCAAUCACCUUGAGAACUGGAAGGAUGAGACACAGCCCGCCGAUCCCAAAAAGAAUACCGAUCGAAACGACAAGGCCUCGCCUACGGAGAACACCACGACACACGCACCAGAUAGCUUUGAACAUGACAAAGAGGAAGCCUUGCGCAGCCCGGUAAAAGAUCCACUUGGCUACGCCAGCGAUUUAUUGGACCUGGUGUCGGGAGAGAUAAAAGAGGCUAUAGAUUCUAGCGAUGAACGCACCCUGAACUAA